AUGUUUGCUGGAACAACCAUUACGACAAUGAACGACAAGUUUGCCAUUCUUUGCAAGAACAUCACUCACCAGGAUACAAAGACUUUGCCUUCCAUUUCCGCGCCAUCAAGAAAAGAAAGUAGUAGUAAUUUAAAUAGUAUCAAUUUUAACGAAAUCAUGAUGAAUAAUAAUAUGAAUCAACAACCCUUUAUGUGGUGUGGCCAAAACCAAGAGAGCUCCUCCAUGAAUAUUUAUUGCUCCUCUUCUUCGUAUUCUGUCACAGAAGCAGACAAAGGAAAGGAGCAUGUCUUAAUGAGAACAGACUCAUUUGAAAUGUCAGACGACCAGAGCAGUGACUGCGACUAUGAAGACGAUGAAGAGGAGGAAGACUUUGAAGACGAUAGCGAUUGUGACCUUCACAAAAAUUAUUUCCGUGCCUCUUCUCUUCACGAUGAAGACGAAGAGGACGAAGAGGAGGAUGACGACCAAGAGGAACACAUGUUUUUCGAUGAAGAUACCGUCAGUAGCCAUGAAGAACACGAAUUAGAAGUGAGUCCUUCAAUCGAUAUUCCCUUCUGGUUUGGAAAUGAGGAUCCAGAACAUGUAAAGUAUGUCCUAAAGGCAUAUGACAAUUUUCUGGGCCUUAAUUCACACCGCUCAGCCAAUAGUAGAAUGCCAAUUCGAUUUAUUGGCAAAGUGAUUCGUCAAGCUAUUGAAGAUGACAACAUUAUUGUUCGCCAAGACGACUGUGAUUAUGAUCAAGACAUUACUGUUGGAUGUGACACGUCCACCAGCAAGCAACAACGAGUAUUGGUGACAUCUGAAACCUUAUUCAUUUAUGAACGAUCUCAGAAACUUGAACCAGGGUCUAUUUCCAAAUGCAUGAACAAGUUAAUCAUUGAAACGAUGUAUGACUAUGAUGAAGGGAUUCCUAUUCACAUUUUCAUACACGACGACGAAGAAGAAAUGGACGAAGUGACAUGCCUACAACACAUCUCCAUUCUGCAAUGUAGACCUUAUGGAGGAAAUGAACAGGAUUUCCAUUAUUCAAGCCAAAAAGUCACUCAAGCCUCUCAACUUCUCGAAGAAAUUUCGUCAUCGACUCGUGGCUUGACCUAUUGCGAUCUCUAUAGCCAAUGCUUACAAAAUGCUGAGCCAAUUCUGAACAGGCUGAAACCAAAACUUGCCAUUUCAGAUGGAGAAGCAGGUUCACCUGAGCAGCACAAUUUUUUACCAGAGUUAUCAUCUCCAAUACCGUCCCCCUUCGGAGUCGGUUUAAAGAAUGUCAGCGACAAACAAGACAAGUCUUCCUCUCAUCUCUCUCACAUGGUCAUGUUCAAUAGCCACAUGCUGGUUUUCCAUUACGAAAACUAA